GCUAGCUCGUAUAUUUAUUACCACAUUAACUCUGAGUCCAUGCUUAAUUUGCCGCCAUUACUUGAUCUGCACCCAUGAACUGGCUCCGAAACGAUCCCUUCUCGCAAUCUUCAUCAAGUUUUGACGAAGAUAUCAUGAUAAAGAAACUCCACCUUGCCCAUGAACCCGAUGGUCGUCGUCUUGAUUCUGAGCUAUUGCUUCGUGUAACGGAGCACAUCCUGCUAUAUGCUGCUAGUGCUACCUCAGAAGCACCAGCAACCCCUGUGGUUUCUGAUUUACAUUUUGAUGCUAUUGGAAAGUAUACUGAAGACAACGCUGAAGCAUUUAGUUCCCAAGAACCACUUGGACUGGUCAUUUACAAGGUUUCAAGCCAGAUACUCUGCAAGUGUUCUGGUGAAGAUGAUCUACACACGAGGACGAUGUUUUUGUUUGAUUUUCUAGGGAAGUAUAAAUGGGAUGUGAAAAUGGUUCUAGUACUCACAGCAUUUGCGACAAGUUAUGGGAAAUUUUGGCUCCUAAUGCAGCUCGAUCCUCGAGAUCCUUUGGCUGUAUCAGUUGGAAUGCUUAAGCAGUUGCCUAAAGAUUUCAGCAAAUUGAAGCCUCGAUUCAAGGCACUGAGCCUGUUGAUCAAGACAAUGGUGGAUGUGACAAAGUGUAUCAUCAAGUUUGAAGGCUUGCCUCUUUCACAUGUAGAUCUGGAUAAGGAAAUUUGUAUCACCAAGGCUUGCAUUCCUGAAGCUGCUUAUUGGGUUGCUCGAAGUGUCUUUACAUGCGCUUCUCAAAUCACAGAUUUCAUAGCCAUUCAAACUGAGCAAUACAGGUGGUAUUCAGAUUCAACAAUAAUUGCAACAUGGGAGCUCUCAAGUUUGGUUUUUAGGUUAAGCAGGAUAUGCAGCCGCCUGAGUCAGCAGGUAGAUCAGUGCCAUAAACAAACAGAAACAAAGAUAUGGCAGAAACUGUCGAAUCUCUUUCAGCAGACCCCCUUGGACAAUCAGGAGGGGCUCAGUAUGUUAUGUGCUUUGACGGAUGAUCUGCCACUUAAGUAUUGUCCCUCACAGGAAAAGUUUGGUGUGUCUGAAAUGAAGAACAAGGUAGUUAUGCUCUUGAUCACAAAGCCAGAGCUCCUCCCAAUGGAGGAAUUACUUCUGCUGGUUCAGCAAACAUCAGAUCACCCUCUCAACAAGAAUUACAAGGGAAGUUAUGAGAUUAUAUGGUUUCCCAUUACAUGUUCUGAGGCAUGGACUGAUGCAGAGGUGGGAAGUUUUAACUUCUUCUCAAACUCUUUGCCAUGGUACACAAUUCGGCAGCCAUGGUUACUCAGCUCAGCAGUGGUAAACUAUAUAAAAAAAACAUGGAAAUAUGCGGGUGAGCCGCUCAUGGUAGUGUUGGAUUCAAAAGGGAUUGUCACUAACUUAAACGCAAUUGACAUGAUUAUGAUCUGGGGAGCCCGGGCAUAUCCCUUUUCAGCUUCAAGAGAAGAAGAGCUCUGGAAAGAGGAGCAAUGGACAUUGCAACUUGUGGUUGACCAUAUUGAUCCCCAACUCGCUUACUGGGUGGAAGAAGGCAAAAACCUAUGCAUUUAUGGAAGUGAUAGUCAAGAAUGGAUUCAAGAAUUCAACUCCAAAAUGAGGGGCAUAAAAAGUGAAGGUUUUCAGCUUGAGAUGGUGUAUGUUGGCAAGAGGAACAUGGAUGAAAAUGUGAGGAACACUUUGGCCAGCAUUGCUGAAGAGAAUCUGAAUGGUUCUCUCUCUUUCACAAAAGUCCAAUUCUUUUGGCUUCGAUUAGAGAGCAUGAGAAAAUCGAAACUUCGACUUGGAAAGACUGCCAAUACUGACCAUAUUCUAGAGGAGGUGUCUGCAUUGCUUGAUUUCAGCGACAAGGGUUGGGCUGUAAUGGGGAAAGGGUCUUCCACAGAUACUGUGAAGCUUCAAGGAAAAGAUCAUCCCAUGCAAUGCUCAACUCUUUUUUCACAAGGAGGAGAAAACGUGACAAAAAUGGGAUUCCUUGAUGCCAUUAAGAGUGCCUUUGAACCUUCUCCUUUACCUGGGUAUUGCAGCCACACGAGUGUCAUUCCUUAUGCUGAAGGGUUGAUUGAAGAAACAGCAAUCUGUCAGAAAUGUAAGCGUCCCAUGAAGAAGUUUGUUGUCUACGAAUGAUAUGUAAUAUAGAUUUACACAACGGAUAUCCUUUUAGAUUUACUCAUGACUUGUAGACAACAUAUAAAAUUUAUGGUUAUUGGUCAGUGAACUUCUUGUACUUGCAUUCCAUCAUUUGU